AUGCAGCACCACGAGCAGCAGCAGCAGCAGCACCCCGUGUCAUACCUGUGUGUGGGCCGGAGGAGCCGCUACCUCCUCGGCGUCAAGGACGUCGUGCGGCUGAGGGCCACCUGCACCUGGCUCAGAGAGCUCUUCGGAGCGGCCCAGCUGAGAGAUCGGCUCCGCCACUCGCUGGACUCACAGGCGGGGCUGCGGCGGGCGAAUGUGAAUGGGCAGCAAGUGCAGCUGCUGCGGUUCGACGACGACCAGUUCGACGCACAUGAUCUGCUGGCGGCUGUGUGCGUGGUGGAGGAGGGGGACUGGGGCGGCGAGAUGGGCGACGUGAUUGAGCUGGCGGGGCAGUGCGGCAACUGUGAGCUGCCUGUGCCCCUCAGUGGGGCUGACAUCAACACACACGCAAACAUAACGGUGAGCCGGCAAACAGACGGGCGGGGAGGGGACAAAGAGAGAGGGCCUCAUUCUCUCUGUGUGUCUGUGAUCCGUGUGUAUGCGUAUGUGUCGGCUCCCCGUGUGUUGGCGCAGCUCAAGAUGGUCGGCCCCCACGUCCACUUCAGUGACGGCAGCUGCCUGCAGCUGUUCUAGCACGGCAAUCAGUGGCGGGCCAUCAUCGACGAGCCCAACUUUGAGCUGGAGCUCGACCCGCCCCUCCCUGCCGGCCAUCUGUUCCAGCAGCACCGGCAGCCACACGACCCACCAGUGCGCAACCGCAUCUUCUACUCGACCGUCCGUGCCCGAUGGCUAUGGAGCGGUGGUCUGGGGUGCACCGAUAAGUCAGUGUCGUCGUUUGCCAAGUACAAGAUCCUCGACCAGUUCCGCAAGACUCACUCACACCAGGAUAUCAACUGCAUGAGUGCAGUGCUCAACAGGUAACACAACAACAGGAUAACUGGGGUGGGCCACGGUGUUGGUGUCUGUCUGUUGAGGGAUGUCGGUGGGGGCCGUCUGAACCGCCUGCUCACCCAGUCGCCUCACACACCGGUGGCCGGCUGCACGACCACACUCGGCUCGGAUGCAUAUGGGGGCAGCCGAUGGCUGGUGCUCACUGACGGCAGCCACCCUUUCGUCGCCUGGAUUAACAUCUGGGAUCGAGCGGGCAACACCGGUCAGAAAUGACAGAGAGGAAGGGAGUGCUGCUGGUCAAAUGUCGCGUCUUCUCGUCUCAUUGUGUGCAGUGAUUGCGUAUGUCUACACCACAGAGGCGGCUGUGUGCGAGAGUGGUGCCUUCAAGAACCGCUUCCCGGUGACCACUCAGUUGGCUCGCGUGGCGUUGGGGGCGGUGGCGCCGUUCGUAUUCGACGGACAACUGCCACAGCAGCAGCAACAGCAAGAUGACGACAGCGACGAUGGUACAGACACCCACACACAUGGAUGGAAGAACUGCCUUCUCUCUCUCUCUCUCUGUGUGUGUGUGUGUGUGUGUGUGUGUGGUAUGUGCAGAUUCGGACGGCGGCGAUGAGAUUGUCGACGGUGUGGAUGACGGUAGCGGAGGUACACAGCAGCACAAACCACAGAGGCCCCCACGUCGACCUGCGUCACAUUCAUGUGUGUGUGUGUGUGUGUGCGAUGGGCAGGUGAGAGUGGCGCAGCUGAGGCGGAGGGCGGCGGCUGA